CACGUCAUCACCAAAGACCUUUCCUUUUCCUCGUGUCAUAAUAUGGUCGUCUUUGAAGGGAGCAGUCGGGCAAUGACACUGACCCAGAGCCAGCGGAAUUAAAGCUGUGAUUCGAGGACUUCUUUGCUGAAGCCAUGCCUCGCUACGAAUUGGCGCUGAUCUUGAAGGCGAUGCAGCGGCCGGAGACUGCUGCUACUCUCCGGCGGACAGUAGAGACUUUGAUGGAGCGGGGCGCCGUGGUGAGGGACCUGGAGAACUUGGGAGAGAGACUGUUGCCCUACAAGAUAACCAAACAUAACAUGAGGCACAGCCGCGGAUCUUACUUUCUGGUCGAUUUCUACGCAGCCACCGACAUCGUCCCAGGCUUAUUGAAUCACUUGCACCGUGAUGUGGACGUGGUGAGGCCCACUGUGCUGAAGAAGGACGCCGAGGUUCCCCACAGUAACUGCUGUGGUCCCAAAGAGUGACUGAACGUUUUCACAGCACAUAUCCAGAAGAUGCUUCCAUCUUUGACCUUUUCCAUAGUUGUUGACCUGCAUUUGGAUGUUAUGUCAUAAUAAACUACUUUUUUUCUA